AUGAGCUCUCAGGUUCCCUCCCGUAAGGUUGCAACGCUUACGGGCCAUAAUGGAGCUGUCCACGCAGUGUCCUACAGUGCCGGCGCCGGCCAAUACAUCCUCACCGGCUCCACCGACCGCACGAUCCGCCUCUUCAAUCCAGCCACCACGCGCCUAAUCCAAUCCUACACCGCACACGGCUACGAAGUCCUCGACCUCGCCGUCGCAGCCGACAACGCGCGCUUCGUGAGCGUGGGCGGCGACAAGACCGUCUUCCUCUGGGACGUCGCGACCGCGCGGACGCUGACCCGGUUCAGCGGACACGCUGGGCGUAUCAAUGCGUGUGCGUUUGGGGGGACCGACGACAGCGUGAUCGUGUCAGGCAGCUUUGACGCGACGGUCCGGCUGUGGGAUACCAAGAGCGGGAGCCACAAGCCGCUGAUGGUGUUGAGCGAGGCGAAGGAUAGUAUCAGCGCUGUCGCGGUCGCUGGGCACGAAAUUUUUGCCGGGAGCGUGGAUGGGAGAGUAAGGGUGUAUGACCUCAGGAUGGGGCAGUGCUUUGUGGAUGUUUUGGGGCAUCCGGUCACGUCGGUCACGGCAACGAAAUCAGCGGAUAGCCUGCUGGUUGGCUGCUUGGAUUCGGUGGUUCGACUGAUGGAUCGGGCAGAUGGGAAGCUGCUCAAGGCUUACAAGGCGCCGGGUGAGUUUGUCAAUGACAACUACCGUGUUCGCUCGACGCUUGGCUUGAACGACAGUGUCGUUGUGAGUGGGAGCGAGGAUGGGAGGGUCUUUGUCUGGGACCUGCUGUCUGGGGACGUAGUAAAGAGGCUCUGGCAUGGAGAGGCGAGGAGUGAGGAUGCGAAGAGUGGGAAGAGGGACGUCGUCAGUGCCGUGGCAUUCUGUCAGGCGCGAAAGGAGUGGUGUAGUGCAGGAGGCGAUGGGAAUGUAGUCGUUUGGGGGACGGUGGAGUGA